UUCGUUCUAUUGGUUGAGGGCGAGUGUGCGACACUAGUGGGAGGGGCCUGGAGGCAGCGACACAGAGGAGAGGAGGCUGCACUUACACCAUUCUGCUCUCACAAAGGAACUGCAUGGGGACAGCUGCUGGGGCCACAUAAGCGCCACACAAAGAGCAGAAAAUGGGAGAGCGGAGAAGAGCGAAUGCAUCCAGGGGGGACAAGAAAGUGGCCAAUGGAGAAAAGCAACAUGUGGGCCAGUGGGGCAGAGCUUGGGAAGUCGAUUACUUCUCAUUGGCCUCAGUCAUAUUCCUGUUGGCGUUUGCUCCGCUGAUAGUCUACUACUUUGUCAUGUCGUGUGAUCAGUACCAGUGCGCCCUCACCGCCCCAGUCCUGGACCUAUACUCUGGCAAAGCGCGGCUGUCCGACAUCUGGGACAAGACUCCCGCACUCACCUGGACUGCCGUCAAGAUCUACCUAGCGUGGGUCUCUUUCCAGGUGUUCCUGUAUAUGUUCCUUCCUGAUAUCUUACAUAAAUUUGUGCCUGGUUACGAGGGAGGAGUGCAAGAAGGAGCAAGGACUCCUGCUGGCUUGAUAAACAAGUACCAAGUCAACGGACUGCAGGCCUGGACUAUUACCCACCUCCUGUGGUUUGCCAAUGCUUACCAUUUCCACUGGUUCUCCCCAACCAUUGUCAUUGACAACUGGAUCCCGCUGCUGUGGUGCGCCAAUCUCCUGGGCUAUUCUGUUGCCACCUUCGCUUUGGUGAAAGCCAACUUCUUCCCCACUAAUGCCAACGACUGCAAAUUCACAGGCAAUUUCUUCUACGACUACAUGAUGGGCAUUGAGUUCAACCCCCGCAUUGGAAAGUGGUUUGACUUCAAACUGUUCUUUAAUGGGCGACCCGGGAUCGUCGCCUGGACCUUAAUUAACUUGUCGUAUGCUGCCAAACAGCAAGAGCUCUACGGGCAGGUCACCAACUCCAUGAUUCUGGUCAAUGUUCUUCAGGCAAUCUAUGUAGUGGACUUUUUCUGGAACGAAUCCUGGUACCUGAAGACUAUUGACAUUUGCCAUGACCACUUUGGCUGGUAUCUGGGAUGGGGAGAUUGUGUCUGGUUGCCCUACCUCUAUACCCUACAGGGUUUAUAUCUGGUGUACAACCCAGUUGAGCUCUCUACCACUGCUGCCGUUGCAGUCCUCCUGCUCGGUUUGAUUGGCUAUUACAUCUUCAGAAUGACCAAUCACCAGAAAGACCUCUUCCGACGCACUAACGGCAACUGCAAGAUCUGGGGGAAGAAGCCUAAAUCCAUCGAAUGUUUUUACGUGUCAGCGGACGGCAAGCGACACUACAGCAAGUUGAUGAUUUCAGGGUUUUGGGGGGUGGCGAGGCAUUUAAACUACACAGGAGAUUUAAUGGGGUCCCUGGCGUACUGCCUGGCCUGUGGCUUUGACCACCUCCUGCCUUACUUCUACUUCAUCUACAUGACCAUCUUGCUGGUGCACCGCUGCAUAAGGGACGAACACCGCUGCUCGAGUAAAUACGGGAAGGACUGGAAGCUUUACACCAGCGCCGUGCCCUAUAGGUUACUCCCCGGACUCUUCUAAGAGAGGCCCAAUAACAUUUCAAGAAAGAUUAAGUCACAGAUUUUAGUGUGGACUUUAACUAAAGACUGAAAAACAUUAAAAACACAUGGAUUUUAGAUUUUUGAACUUUUUUGGCCUUAAAACUUGAAAAUGGUUCACGGAUUUUACUGUAUAACUGUUUUACCGCCUCACCUUUCUUUCCUAGAGCACCGGCCCCUCCAAAUAAAGAGGAUUCUGUUAUUUUUCUUGGA